UUCAAAGAUGGCUGUCACUGUACAAACAAAUAAAGUUUAUGGAAAAACGAUCUGAUAAACACGCAGUUGAGGCAUCAGUGGAGGACAAAUCGAGUAAACAGAACCGAAACCCCCAACACUCCACAAUAAAAUCGUUCAAAUGCUGAGGGAAAAACACUCGCUGGGUGAGUUUGGGGCCCUUGAAAUUGACGUUUCAUCCCCUAAGAGUGCAUAAACCGACUGCAUCUCGUUGGAGAGACAUGGCAUACGAGCCCAGAACCUCCAAGUAUCCUCCAGAAAUCCAUCACACUCACCACCACCCACGCUCAGCCGACCCGAAUGCUUACCCGUACGCUCUGCACCCACCGCAGACCGAUGAGAACCGCAACGAAAAUAAUUGUGACAAUAAGGAGACCCACAGACGUAAUUCGCACACUUCAUCUGGAACCCAAACAAUCCAGAAGGUCGACGCCGCCACGAUGACUGAUCCACUGAGGAUCGACUUCAGACUGACGUCUGAAUACCUGGCGAGGUGCUCCAAUAAUAUCGGAGGGCCUUACGGAUCCAAGUAUGAAGAGAGCAGUGAGAGCACUCACAGCUGUCAUCAGGCCAGGACCAAAGUCGAAUAUGAUGUUGAACCUCGACAUAUCAAUGGAAUGCUAAUCUAUCACUGUCCAGAGUGUGCAUACCGUUUCCAAGACCGAGAGAGUCUGCACGAGCACCUGGAGGAGCACCGUCAGCGUCCGCACAUCUGUGACAUAUGCGGUGUGAGUCUGAAACGAAAGGAGCACCUGGAUCGCCACAAGCAGGGGCACAACAAGGACCGGCCCUACCAGUGCUCGAUGUGUUGCAAGGCCUUCAAGAGGAACGAACACCUCGCUCGACACAUGAUCAUCCACUCCGGCAGCAAGAAUCAAAUUUGCACGGAGUGCGGGAAGGCGUUCUACCGCAAAGACCACUUGAAGAAACAUCUCCAGAGUCACAACGGUACCAGGGGAAAACCACUCGGGGACAGCCACCAACAGAGCGUCAACAGUCAAGUGGAGGGACAGCAGAACUCCAGCACCGAUGGCCUUGGGAAUUUCGCCAUGAUGAUGAGGCAGGCGGGACCACCUCCGUUCUCCAUUCUGCGAACCUAAAGACAUGAUCGAGGGAAAAAAACUCAAUCUGAGGAUCGAUUAGAAUGAAAUGACAAGGAAUUUCAUUCCAAAUAAGAAAAUGACUAAAAUGAACCAUUUUCAAUUGGUGAUAAUUCGAGAUCGGCUGAGUGAAAUUCCACGAGUUUUUUUUUUCAUUUUGAAGAUAUUUUCUCCGGCAUCAAAAUGAAUUUUCAUUCAUUGAAAUCGCAUCGUUUGAUCGAGAGAUAUUGAUGGAUUCAGAAGGCGUCUUUGACAAUUAUUGAAAAUUUUUCGAAGGAAUUUAUGAGCAAAUCGUUGUGUUAAUUUCAAUAAUUAAUUCCUCGAUUAGAAUGAAAUGACGAGGAAUUUCAUUCCAAAUGAGAAAAUGACUAAAAUGAACCAUUUUCAAUCGUUGAGAACUCGAGAUCGCCAGAGUGAAAUUCCACGAGUUUUUUUUUUUCAUUGUGAAGAUAUUUUCUCCGGCAUCAAAAUGAAUUUUGAUUCAUUGAAAUCGCGUCGUUCGAUCGGGAGAUAUUGGUGAAUUAAGAACGCGUCUUUCACUGGAAUUGUAGUUUGACAAUUAUUGAAAAUUCUUCGAAGGAACUUAUGAACAAACCGUUGUGUUAACUUCAAUAAUUAAUUCCUCGAUUGAAUUGUCAUUCGCCUUGAACUUUUGUUUUCUAUCGUAUUUACCUGUGACUUUUCAAUUUAAUCUUGUUCUUUCAUCGUUUAUUUUUAUUCAAGAAUUAUCGUUCUGUAUUUAUCCUACAGAAAAGCAUGAAUCAAUCAUGAAGGAGGAUGAUGAGCGAAUAAUAUCAACUCCAGAUUUUAUAAAAGUAAUAACAAUAGUAAGAAUUUUUUUAAUAGAUUAAAACAAAUGAAAUCGACUACUAACGAUGACAUCACGUGCGUAAAUAGAACGUAAGAUAUCUAAUUAUACCGAUGUUGCAGCCUAAUUUAAUGUUAAUUUAAUGUUUCAACUUUUCGAUUUAUUGUUAUUGGUUAAGAAUAUCGAAUCAGUUUUUUUAUUGCUUAUUAUUAUCUGCACGACGAGGGAGAAGUGUUAAUGUACGUUUUUUUUUAUUUAGAUUGA